AUGAACCGGUUACCACCCCUCCUGCAGCCCGCCAUCCGCAAUGGCCCUCGAUACUCCGUCCGGCCGUUCUGCGCAACACUUCUUGUGUUCACGACCCUUGCAGCCGUUAGUUGGACCCUGACGAGGUCUGGAAAUGGACAGGUACAUGAGCGUACAGCAGCGGGUGUGUCUCUCCUGCGACGGGCCGACGAACCAGAGUGCCGCCUGGUUCGUGAUGUGAAGGAUCAGUGCGCCUAUGUCCGCGAGAAUUGCCCUGAUCACCAGGAUGGCCUCCUCUCUUACCUACAGCUCUACUACUGCGCCCUUGCCAAUGCCAAACCAUUAGCGUUCAUUAUCAUACUUGUCUGGCUGUCGCUACUUUUCAGCACUAUCGGUAUCGCGGCCAGCGACUUUCUAUGCAUCGAUUUGAGUACACUGGCGAGUAUUCUCGGGUUGAGCGAAAGUCUAACAGGCGUCACGUUCCUCGCCUUCGGCAACGGGAGUCCUGAUGUCUUCUCGACAUUCGCCGCUAUGCGGUCGAACAGUGGUAGCUUGGCGAUUGGAGAGUUGAUCGGAGCGGCCAGCUUCAUCACCACUGUGGUGGCUGGCUCUAUGGCUUUGGUCCGGCCGUUCAAAGUCGCGCGGCGGAGCUUUGUCCGUGAUGUUGGGUAUUUUGUGAUCGCCGUCAGCUUCAGCAUGUUCUUGUUGGCUGAUGGCCGCCUUCACGUUUGGGAAUCAGCUGCCAUGGUUGGCUUGUAUGCUUUUUACGUUGUGAUGGUAGUUAGCUGGCACUGGUAUCUGGUUCGACGCCGCCGGGAGUACGAAAGAGACCUAGUUGCCCGAACCCACUUUCACAUCCCAGACAACCAGGAGCUGGAGGUCGAGCAGCCAAUCGAGGAUGAUGAUCCCGGUGUGGCCUCGGAAUCCCGAAGCCUUCUCCGUGGAGCAUCGACAGACGAUUUUGACCUUCUGGAACGGGCGGAAGGGAUCCCCAUUUGGAAGGAAGAAGAUGACGAAGACGACGAGGCGCGCAAUCGGUAUUUGGCCGAGAUUCGUGACAAUAUGCAUGUCUUCCGGCCUCCAAACCGGUCAAGGCGAAACACCAUGAAUCCGAUUCGUCCGAGUCUGGUCGGUGCACUGGAAUUCCAGUCAGUGCUGCAGUCACUUCAGAGGUCGAGGACUACCCGGCAUAAACCGACGAUCAGCUUUAGUAGUUACUCUGACGAUGGUGACGAUUCGUCUCAGCCAUUCGAUACCCGUUCCAUUGCAUCCCACCCUCGUGCUAGCAGACCCACUACUGUCAACGAUCGCCUGUCACCCCUCGGUGGAGAAGGCUCUCGAGCACGAGCUGUGUCGGCAAAUUAUGCUGAUGGAUUGAAAAUUGACACCAGUGUUUUUGAUCUUCGAUCAGAGCACGAUCAAGCUCCUCGCCUUACUGUCAGACGGCCCUCCAAUGAGCGUGCAGGAAGUCCGGGAGGGAUGCAGACUCCCCAACUCCCUCGAAUCGAUACCAAUGCGCUGCUGACUGCCUCUCCAUCAUCAUCGGAGUAUCCAUCGCCGAAUGCAAGCCCAACUAUUGGCCCGAGCGUUCCCCAAACACCAGACUUGUUAGCUCCCCCUGGAGCUUUCCGCUCGCCAAACUAUCAAACAUCGGCAACACAUGAUCGAUCGCCGCUCCUCGUUUCCCCCCGAGGGGCCACUGAUAGCUACCAUUCUGGACCUAGUCCGGAAAGCCCAGCUGCGCCGUUCCCCACCUUUAUCCAUAUACCUUCCGCUCAAUCCUCUGGGGCACCCAGUAUCCGUCUGCCCAACCCAGUGGCGAGCCCGUCAGAGCAGCUCCUGAUCCAGGACGGCCAUAACGGCAUGGCAAAUGAAAACUCCUCUUUCCAAAGCUCUUUGGUGAAGUGGUGGCCAGAUUCACUCCCUGCUGCCUCUCAGAUUGGUUGUACACUUUUCCCCACCUUGGCUGGCUGGAAGUCCAAGGGUAUAACAGCGCGCCUACUGGGGAUAAUCGCGGCGCCCAGCGUGUUCCUGCUCACAAUCACCAUUCCCGUCAUCGAACCCCAGGCGCCCGAAUUUGCGGAGCCAGAUCCAGUGCCCGUCAUCAUUGAGCAAGUGGGCGACAACGAUUACCCAGCCUCGAGGAUAAGAUUACCAGCAGACAGUCCAACCCUUCACCCUGAUGGGCAUGAUCACAAUGAGUCUAUGCCUCGUGUACCUUCCGCGUAUUCACACUCCCGCCGCAAGUCCACACACCAGGAACGUGUUACUCGUCCACGCUGGGAUUCCGAGCUGCCAGCCGUGCCACUCCCAGCUCCCGCAGCGGUUCCUAUGCCAGUCAAGGAUUGCAAUCGUUGGCUCAUUGCGAUCCAGCUUUUCACGGGGCCAUUCUUUGUCACUCUCAUCGCCUGGAGUGCUGCAGACGCAAACCUGAAUCCUAGAAACCUGUUUCUGCCCUCUCUAGUGUCUCUCCUCUUCUCAUUCCUGUGCCUUAGUGCGCUUAUCACGACUACUCGCCGAUGGCCAUGGCACCGAGAGGGCCCUACUGAUCAGUCUUACUUCCACCCCCACGAGGCAUCAGAAAUACUUUCUCCCAAGGGUCUUUCGUCUGCAUGGCGGCCCUUCCUUUCCCUCCUUGGCUUUUUGGUCUCAAUCUCUUGGAUUGCAACAAUCGCAACCGAAGUUGUCUCCGUGCUGAAGACCAUCGGCGUAAUCCUCAAUAUCUCCGACUCACUGUUGGGACUGACUAUCUUCGCUGUCGGCAACUCGCUGGGCGACCUCGUCGCCGACAUUACGGUCGCCCGACUCGGAUACCCUGUGAUGGCUCUCAGUGCAUGUUUCGGUGGCCCCAUGCUCAACAUCCUCCUCGGCAUCGGUCUCGGUGGUCUGUACAUGACUAUGAAAGGAGGCAAGUCAUCCCGGAAGCAUGACGAGAUAGCUCGGGUCCCCUACGAGGUCGCCAUUUCCAAGGUGCUAGUCAUCAGCGGCGCCACUCUCCUAGUUGUUCUUGUGGGUCUUCUGAUCGUGGUUCCAUUGAACAACUGGCGCAUGGAUCGCAGGAUUGGGUGGGGUUUGAUUGUGGUGUGGUGUGUGAGUACCUUGGGGAAUGUCAUUGCCGAGGUUUUAUAA